AUGGACGAAGAUAGGAAUGAACAUUAUGAAUAUUUCGCACAAAAACCUUCAAAAUGGGACAUUAUAGAAUUUUUAGAGCAAUGCGACCUUGAGCCAUACGGCAAAAAAGUGGAUCGAUACAUUAGGUGCCUCAGAUGUAUUGCUCGUGGUGAGCAAAAAAAGAGAAAAGAAAAGGCAGAAGAGCUUCUUAGAAGAUACAGUAAAAUCCACUCGGUGCUUGAUCAUUCAAGGCCAUUCGCAUUUUUCGCGACCGCCGAGUCACAAAAUCAGUGCUGGAGCACAGACGACCCAUGUUGGGCACAGAUAACCCUUCAAUCGGGAAAUAAACCUGACCAACAACGCGUCAAGGAUUGGGAAAAAACACGUAAAUCAAGUAAAAUAAGCGGUGGUUCCUCGGUUCACAUCCACCAUUCGACAUUAUCAGGAAGCAAUCUUUCCAUUACUGGCAACGGUUCAACUAAAGCUACUACUAAACGCAAACGAGAGGGCCUUAGAGAGAGGAAGGUAAUAUCUUAUGCUGAAAGCUCAACAGAUAAAAGUUCCGAUUCCAAUUGUGAGGAGUCUAGGAGU